AUGCCUCCUUGUUAUUAUUCUCCAGCUGGUGUAUGUACUUACCAGUUACGUAUUUCUCGUCACCAACUUUGCUGCAAUACGAGUGGGCAAGCGGGCAGGUACGUAGCAGCCACGUCAAAACUCCAGUGGCUUCGUCACUGGUUGGAAAGACCACGAUCUCCAAUACAAGCGUCACCAUCAAAAUGGCGCCUGCCCGUUCCAAGACCUCUGCAAUUAUAUCAAGAGCUUCACUUGCAGAUAGAUGGACAAUAUGACAAUGGUUUCAACAUACUUGUAUUUUUUACAAAGAGAAGCAACAUCUGA